UGACUCGCCUUAAAUAGCCGGCCACCACUCCUCCUCCACCAUUCUGUUCUCUGUUUCUCUCUCUCUCUCUCUUCCUUCAGUUCUCCCUCGCAAACUGAGAAUAUCUUUGUGGGCAGAAAAUCUUUGAAGAACUGUAGGAAGAAACUGCUACGUACCAUAACUAGCCAUGCCUAGAGAACAAUUGCAAGUGCUUAAUGCACUUGAUGUGGCCAAGACCCAAUUUUACCAUUUCACUGCAAUUGUGAUUGCUGGAAUGGGAUUCUUCACAGACGCCUAUGAUCUCUUCGCCAUUUCCCUUUGCACCAAGCUAUUGGGGCGUAUAUACUACUUCAAGGAUGACCCAAAAAGGCCCGGCACCUUACCGCCCGGCGUCCAAUCUGCAGUCACUGGCGUUGCCCUUGUGGGCACCCUCGCUGGCCAGCUCUUCUUCGGUUGGCUCGGAGACAAGAUGGGACGAAAGAGAGUCUAUGGCUUAACCCUAAUUCUCAUGGUUACAUGCUCACUUGCCUCGGGGCUUUCUUUUGGGAACAGCCCAAAGGGUGUCAUGGCUACCCUUUGUUUCUUCAGGUUUUGGUUAGGUUUUGGCAUUGGUGGCGAUUACCCUUUAUCUGCCACGAUCAUGUCUGAAUAUGCUAACAAGAAAACUCGUGGCGCGUUCAUUGCCGCAGUUUUCGCAAUGCAAGGUUUCGGGAUACUGAUUAGCGGGAUUUUUGCUCUAAUUGUUUCAACUUCCUUUGAUCAUGCAUACAAGGCUCCUUCUUAUGAAACCAAUCCGGCCGCUUCCACGGUGCCUCAAGCAGAUUAUAUUUGGCGGAUCAUUUUGAUGUUUGGGGCUAUUCCAGCAGCUCUUACUUACUACUGGCGUAUGAAAAUGCCCGAAACAGCUCGUUACACCGCCCUUGUCGCGAAGAAUGCAAAACAGGCAGCACAAGACAUGGCUAAGGUAUUGAAUGUGGAGCUUGACCCUGAAGAGGCCAAGUUGGAGAGAUUAACUGAAGAUCGAGCCAAUUCUUUUGGUUUGUUUUCCAAGGAAUUUCUUCGACGACACGGACUUCACUUGCUUGGAACAACUUCAACUUGGUUUUUACUGGACAUAGCUUUUUACAGUCAAAAUCUCUUCCAAAAAGAUGUAUUCUCUGCAAUUGGGUGGAUUCCUAAAGCCAAAGAAAUGAACGCUGUUCAUGAGGUUUAUCGAAUUGCGAAGGCACAAACCCUAAUUGCACUGUGCAGUACUGUUCCAGGGUACUGGUUCACCGUGGCUUUCAUUGAUAUAAUUGGAAGGUUUGCAAUCCAAAUGAUGGGAUUUUUCUUCAUGACUGUGUUCAUGUUUGCUCUUGCCAUUCCAUACCAUCAUUGGACACUAAGGCCUAAUCGUAUCGGGUUCGUAGUCAUGUAUUCAUUCACGUUUUUCUUUGCGAAUUUCGGGCCUAAUGCCACUACCUUCGUUGUGCCUGCUGAAAUCUUUCCAGCUCGGCUACGGUCUACAUGCCAUGGAAUAUCAGCAGCAGCAGGCAAGGCCGGAGCCAUAGUUGGGGCGUUCGGGUUUUUGUACGCUUCACAAAGCACAGAUCCAUUGAAGACUGAUCCUGGCUAUCCAACUGGUAUUGGUAUAAGGAAUUCUCUUAUUGUGCUCGGGUGUAUCAACUUCUUGGGAAUGUGUUUCACUUUCUUGGUGCCUGAACCGAAUGGAAAAUCGCUUGAAGAGUUAUCUGGUGAGAAUGAAGAAGAAGGUGUGGAACCAAAGGUGGAGAACAGGACUGUUCCAGUGUAGUUUGGUUGUGUUUUUUAAGUGAAACAGAAGAAUUGCAGAUCAAGCUACUCAAAAGUUCAAAUUUGGUUUCUCGUUCUUAAUAAUGAACAAUAUUUCUUCAGAGAUGUGGUAAUUUGUAGGUAAUUAUAGAGUUUGUGUGUUGGAUGUUAUUGUAUGCGAUUUACGUGUCUUUGUUAAUGUAUAUUUCUUGCACUUUUUCUUUUUCAUGGACUUACUCUUUUGAUUUUGCUUUGAGAUGUUGUUGGCAACUAAUUCUACAU